GUGGUAAAAUCGGAAUCUGGAGAAGAUGGAAGUGUCCCCGUUUCUGUUGGCCUGCAUUCUUCUGCCCCUCGUAAGAGGGCACAGCCUUUUCACCUGUGAGCCAAUCACUGUUCCCAGAUGUAUGAAAAUGGCCUACAACAUGACGUUUUUCCCUAACCUGAUGGGUCAUUAUGAUCAGGGCAUUGCUGCUGUGGAAAUGGAGCACUUUCUGCCUCUUGCAAAUCUGGAAUGUUCACCAAACAUUGAAAUGUUUCUUUGCCAAGCUUUUGUACCAACCUGCACAGAGCAAAUUGAUGUGGUUUCACCUUGUCGGAAAUUGUGUGAGAAAAUACUUUCUGAUUGCCAAAAGUUAAUGGACACUUUUGGGAUCCGAUGGCCUGAAGAACUUGAAUGUCACAGAUUGCCGUACUGUGAUGACACUGUUCCUGUUACUACUGAUCCACACACAGAGCUUUUUGGUCCACAGAAGAAAACAGAUCAAGUCCCAAGGGACAUUGGAUUUUGGUGUCCAAAGCACCUUAGGACUUCCGGGGACCAAGGCUAUAGGUUUCUGGGAAUUGACCAGUGUGCCCCUCCGUGCCCUAACAUGUACUUUAAAAGUGAUGAACUAGACUUUGCCAAAAGCUUCAUAGGAAUAGUUUCAAUAUUUUGUCUUUGUGCAACUUUGUUCACGUUUCUUACUUUUUUAAUUGACGUCAGAAGAUUCAGGUACCCAGAGAGACCAAUUAUAUACUACUCCGUCUGUUACAGCAUCGUCUCUCUCAUGUACUUUGUUGGGUUUUUGCUGGGCAAUAGCACAGCUUGUAAUAAGGCAGAUGAGAAGCUGGAACUUGGGGACACAGUCGUUCUAGGGUCAAAGAAUAAGGCUUGCAGCGUGGUGUUUAUGUUUCUGUACUUUUUCACAAUGGCCGGCACCGUGUGGUGGGUGAUCCUCACCAUUACGUGGUUCUUAGCCGCCGGAAGAAAAUGGAGUUGCGAAGCUAUUGAACAGAAAGCAGUAUGGUUUCACGCCGUUGCCUGGGGGAUGCCCGGGUUCCUGACUGUCAUGCUGCUCGCUAUGAACAAGGUUGAAGGAGACAACAUUAGCGGCGUUUGCUUCGUUGGCCUGUAUGACUUAGAUGCCUCCCGCUACUUCGUCCUUCUGCCUCUGUGCCUCUGCGUGUUUGUUGGGCUGUCUCUCCUCUUAGCCGGCAUCAUUUCCUUAAAUCACGUUCGACAAGUUAUACAACAUGAUGGCCGAAACCAAGAGAAGCUCAAGAAGUUCAUGAUCCGCAUUGGAGUCUUCAGUGGCCUGUAUCUUGUGCCCUUGGUGACACUUCUUGGUUGCUAUGUCUAUGAGCUAGUGAACAGGGUCACCUGGGAGAUGACGUGGUUCUCUGAUCACUGUCACCAGUACCGCAUCCCGUGUCCUUACCAGGCAAACCCAAAAGCUCGACCAGAAUUGGCAUUAUUUAUGAUAAAAUAUCUGAUGACAUUAAUUGUUGGUAUCUCUGCGGUCUUCUGGGUUGGAAGCAAAAAGACGUGCACAGAAUGGGCCGGGUUCUGUAAGCGAAACCGCAAGCGCGACCCCAUCAGUGAGAGCCGAAGAGUGCUGCAAGAGUCCUGUGAGUUCUUCCUGAAGCACAAUUCCAAAGUGAGGCACAAGAAGAAGCAUGGCAAACCAGGCCCACAUAAACUGAAGGUCAUUUCCAAGUCCAUGGGAACCAGCACGGGCGCGACCGCAGACCAUGGCACCUCUGCCGUAGCAAUUGCCGACCAUGAUUACUUAGGGCAGGAAACUUCAACAGAAGUCCAGACCUCCCCAGAAGCAUCCCUGAAAGAGGGGAGAGCAGACCGAGCAAACACGCCCAGAGCCAAAGGUCCAGACUGUGGAGAACCCGCUUCCACAGCAGCGUCCAACUCCAAGCUCUCUGGGGACCAGAUCGACAGGAAAAGCCGAGCAGGCAGCGUGAAGGAGAAAAGCAGCGUAUCGGAAGGGGCUCCAAGUGAAGGAAGGGUAAGUCCAAAGGGCGUUCCUGGGACUGGCCUGAUGGAGUGCAGCACUUUACAGAUCCCCAGCUCUCCAGAACCAAACAGCCUCAAAGGUUCCACAUCUCUGCUUGUUCGCUCAGCUUCCGGAACUAGGAAAGAGCAGGGUGCUGGCGGCCAUUCUGACACUUGAAGAAAACUGUCUCUACCCCGGGAGCAAAUGUACACUACACUGGAGACAACCUUGUCUUAUAAAAAAACACUGUGGAGCUGGGAGUUGCCAGUGGCAGAGUGCUCACCUGGGAUACUUGAGGACCUGGGUUUACCUCUCAGCACAGCGGAAAGAGAGUUCACUGUUGCCGUCUUCCGUGCACUUAAGCCAGCUUUGUCUACUGGUUUUUUGGUUUGGCUUUUAUUUUUGUUGCUUUUAUUUUUGUUGUUGUUGUUGUUGUUGUUGUUCGUUUGUUUGUUUGAUUCAGGGUUUCUUUGUGAGCCCUGGCUGUCCUGGAACUCCCUCUGUAGACCAGGCUAGCCUCAAACUUCCAGAGAUUCGCCUGUCUCUGCCUCCCGGGUGCUGGGAAUAAUGGUGUGGCCACCACCGCCCAGCCUUUUGUCUACUGUUAAACUGGAAAGAAACAACAGCCCAGAUUUCAAAAAUAAUAUAAUGCAUUUAUACCUAAAAAAAAAAAAAAAAAGGAAUGUCCAGGUUAAUAAUAUUUUUUAAAUGUGGGGGUAGGAAGGGCAUUAGGAAUUUCCUUCUGUUUAUGAAGAUUCUUUCAUUAAAGUAUUUAAGAUAUUUUAUGCUGUUUCACUCUUUU